GUUGUUAGAGGGACUCAUGUCAACACGACGUUAAGAGUUUAGAAAAGUUUAUUGUCUCCACGGCAAUGGCAUGCUUAGACUUUGUUAUUUUAAAGGUAAAUGGGGUGGAUGUGAGCGGAUGUAGUCACGAAGAAGCAAUCAAAGUUUUCCUUACGGCCCACGAACCUAUUACUGUAGAGGUUCGAAAGCGGGUGGCGGAUCAAGCGAAAACUGUUACCUCCAAAAGCAUAUCCGUGGCAGUACAGACAGACUUGUUAGAAGAGGUGGAUGUAGACAUCGAAGAGAUGACCCUACGUAAGGCACAAAUAAGUGAAAAGAUAGGAUUCACAGUGGCUUACAUUGCCCCUAGCACUAAAUGCACGGCAAUACCACAUAAUCAAUCGACAGAAGCUUAUAUCAGCAACAUUAUACCCGACAGCAUAGCGGCACGAGAUGGACGUCUGAGGCAGGGUGAUCAGAUCCUUCAGGUAAAUGGGUGUGAUGUAAGUAGCAAAGAAGAAACAGAAUUACUGUUUGCUGAGAAUCCAAACGCUGUGACACUACUCGUAAGUCGCUGUUCUGAAACAUCUAUAGACACUCUGACAGAUAAUAUGAAUACUCUGAAUAUACACCCGGAACACAUUUACGAAACAAUCCCAGAGGAUGAGUCGGAACCUAUCUACUGCAGUCCUCAUGACUCAGGGAGCGAUCGCCAGUUAGCAUUCGAGGUGAAUAAAGAUAAGCUAUGGUUAGACUGGCGCCCAUCUCACCAUCACUACGUUGAUGUUACACCUCUACAUACAUCGAUUAGUUCCAAUGAAAUGGUGCGUAUGUCACGCGUUCGCCCGAGCACCUCAGCUGUAACUCUGCCAGCUGCAACUAUUUAUACCAGUCGUGAAAAUCUUAACAAUGCCAUAGCCCUUCAAGAACGUCUCUACAGACGUGCUCUUGAACGUAGACUGCCGCCUACGACUGAGACUCCCAUGAUGGAAUGGAAGGUUAAACGGCGCCACGACGGCACCCGCUACAUUGUACGCCGACCUAUAGAAACGCGGCGAGGUAAAAAGCGUGUGAAGUGGCGUCUUAAGCCUAAUAAGCAACAAACUAAUGGUGCAGGAUUGCUGUCAGUCACAAUUGUAUAGUAAUAAAAAAAAUGAUUUGCUUUCCUAAAGUUUUUAGAAUUUGAGGUUACCGUUGAACAGCAAUAUUCUAUCCAGAUAUUUAAUAUGGAUUACAUUAUAUACAAUAUACUUUACAAUAAUCUGGAGCGAUUUCCACUGAAAAGAAGGAAUGUCAGUUUUCAAACACCAAAUUUUUACACUUCAAAUUAAUAAGUAAAAUCACUCCUUUCUAAUCUCUUUAGAACCACUGUUUUGCAUAACACUUUGCUGAGUUUUCAGCGAUUCAACAUUGUGUAACAGAAGGAAAAUGCUGAAAUAUACUAAGAUUUUAAAAUGCAUAUGCAAGUACAACCUCUGGAGGUCGUUUUAAACUUAUAUAUUCGGACGGUAUAAAAUUGGUAAAACAUAUGUGAACCAGAAUUGAAAAUAACAGAAAUAGUGAAAUUUAUAAUACAAGUAUUGAAUUAUUGGUUAAAACCACUGUCUGUUUUGCCUUGCAUUCCGCAUUCCGCGGAACUCAGAAUAGCAAAAACUGUUUUAAACUAAUAUAACACAUUUUUAACAUUCCUUGUCUGAGUAGGA